AUGGAUCCUUUGAGCAUUGCAGCCUUCGAUAAGGAUAUCUGUGUGAAGUUCGCAACAUCAUCGAGGCGGUCCAGUUGGUGCUGGACACCGCUCGCCGCCAGAAAUCCGAGUAAUCAGGUAGAAGAUGAUGAAGAUGAGGACGACGUUGACGUCAUGCCGGUUCACUCACAGCUCGCGAAGUCGAUAGGACCCUCGCUCUUAUCCUGCCAACGUGAACCCGACCACCUCGAGGAGUCCCUAGCGCCUCCAAGGAUCGUUCGAAACACCCCAGGUUCCAAGAGCAAGGUGGUCGCUUUGCAAUCUGGUUGA